AUGUCCGACAUCCUCGCUACCCUCAAGCAGGAGGUGGCCAAGGUCCCCGUCUGGGGCUUCCCCGCAGCCAUUGUUGCCUUUGUCGCCCUCUACUACCUCGUCCCUUACUUUGUGACCUACCGUCACCUCCGCGGCAUCCCUGGUCCCCUCGCUGCCCAGUUCUCAGACCUCUGGCUCUUCCGCGUCUCGCGCCGCGGCGACCGCUCCAUCACCGUCGACGAGCUCCACGCCAAGCUCGGCCCCAUUGUCCGUAUCCAGCCCAACCACAUCUCCAUUGCCGACGACGACGCCAUCAAGAAGAUCUAUGGCCACGGCAACGGUUUCCUCAAGUCGGACUUUUACGAUGCCUUUGUCUCGAUCCGUCGCGGCCUGUUCAACACGCGCGACCGUGCCGAGCACACCCGUAAGCGCAAGAUGGUCUCGCACACCUUCUCGGCCAAGUCGAUCCGCGAGUUUGAGCCCUACAUGCAGGAGAACCUCGCCCUCUUUGUUCGCCAGAUGGACGGUACCGCCCAAGAGGCUGAGAAGGCUACUGGCAAGCAGGCCAAGAUUGACUGCCUCGACUGGUUCAACUGGCUUGCGUUUGACAUGAUUGGUGACCUCGCCUUUGGUGCCCCCUUCGGUAUGCUCAAGGCCAGGGCCGACGUCGCCGAGCUUCGUUCGUCCCCCGACGCCGCGCCCGAGUACGCUCCCGCCAUUGAGAUUCUCAACCGUCGCGGUGAGAUCUCUGCCACUCUUGGCAUCAUGCCCUACCUCAAGCCGUACGCAAAGUACCUCCCCGACGAGUUCUUCUACAAGGGUGUCGAGGCCGUCAACAACCUCGCCCGCAUCGCCAUUGCCCAGGUCAAGGCCCGUGUCGACCACCCGUCCGAGGAGGGCCGUCGCGACCUCCUCGCCUACCUCCAGGAGGGCAAGGACGCGUUUGGAAAGCCCAUCGGCCGCGAGGAGCUCACUGCCGAGGCCCUUACUCAGCUCAUUGCCGGCUCUGACACCACCUCCAACUCGUCUUGCGCUCUCCUCUUCCACGUUACCCGCACCCCCGGCGUGCUCGCCAAGCUCCAGGCUGAGCUCGACGAGGCCAUCCCCGACGACAUGCCCGUGCCCACUUUUGACAUGAUCAAGGACCUGCCCUACCUCCAGGCCGUCUUCAACGAGACCCUGCGCCACCAGUCCACCUCUGGCAUUGGUCUCCCGCGCCAGGUUCCCCCCGAGUCUCCCGGCGUCAACAUCAACGGCCACUACUUCCCUGCCGGCACUGUCCUCUCCGUCCCUACCUACACUAUCCACCACUCUAAGGAGAUCUGGGGCGAGGACGCCAAGGAGUUCAACCCCGACCGCUGGAACAACGUGACUGAGCGCCAGAAGGAGGCCUUUAUCCCCUUCUCGUUUGGCCCCCGUUCUUGCGUCGGCCGCAACGUCGCCGAGAUGGAGAUGAAGCUCAUCGCCGCCACUUGGGCGCACCGCUACCAGCCGACGCUCCUCCAGGACGUCAUGGAGGUCCGCGAGGGUUUCCUUCGCAAGCCCCUGGGUCUGAACAUCAACUUUAAGAUCCGCAACAACAUUGAGCACUAG